CCCCUCCCCUCCUCUCCCCCUGUGAUCGGCGCGACCCCCGGUUCUGUUUCAGUGGAAACCAGACCCAGCCCGCUGCGGACCGCACUUUCUGCAGACAUGCGAAGUUGAAGGCGCGUUCCCGGCCGGGACAACUGACCGCGCGAUGUUCGCGUCUCGGAGAAGCUGACUCCUUCCUCCCAGCGGUCUCUCCUCCUCGUUCGCUCCCGUUGACUUUCGGACUUCGCUCCAACAUGCUGCACCUGACGAGCCGCUUUGUUUUCUGCGCGCUCCUCGCCUCCGUGGACGCGUCGUGCCCUCCGCGCUGCAAGUGCUCGGAAGCGGCACAGACAGUCAAGUGCGUCUCCAAAGACCUGAGGAGUAUCCCGACCGGGAUCCCGGGAUACACCCGGAAUCUGUUUAUAAUCGGGAAUCAGAUCAGCCGAAUCGGUCCGGAGUCUUUCAGGGGUCUGGAUAACGUGACCAACCUCUCACUGAGCAACAACAGAAUUUCAGAGAUGGAAUUCCACACCUUCUCCGGACUUCUCCGCCUUCGCUUUCUGGAUCUGAGCAACAACCAGCUGACCGUCAUUCACCCCGAAGCCUUCAGCAACAUCAGCCAGUCCCUGCAGGAGCUCAACCUCAGCCGAUCCCUCUACAACUACUCGUCUGUGAUGGACCUGGCCGCCUCCCUCCAGACGGUCUCCCUGGCGAACCUACAGGUCCUGGACUUGUCUGACAACAGCCUCAUCUACCUGCCCUCGCACACCUUCUCCCGCAUGCACGGCCUGCGCCGCCUCCAGCUCUCCAACAACUCUCUGGUGGCCAUCCGCAGCCUCGCCCUGUCAGGUCUGGAGAGCCUGGAGGAGCUUGACCUCACGCUCAACGCCCUGAAAACCUUCACCGACGAAGGCUUGCAAGAGUUGGACUCCCUUCCCCGAGCCUCUCUGCUUCUGGGGAAGAACCCGUUCACAUGCACCUGCGGCAUUGAACCCUUUGCGCAGUGGCUCAACAGAUCCCAGGAUCGCGUCCGGGAUGCCGAGGGCCUCCUGUGCGCCUUCCCUCCCAGCAUGAGGAACACAUCCAUCCUCGCAGUGGGCAUGCUGACUCUGGAAUGCCAGCAGAGGGACGUUGGGGCAGACCUCGCUUUGCAGACCUCUUAUGUCUUCUUGGGAAUCGUUCUGGGCUUCAUUGGCCUCAUUUUCCUCUUAGUACUUUAUCUCAACCGCAAGGGAAUCAAGAAGCGUGUGUAUGACAUGCGGGACGCCUGCAGGGAGGUCUGGGAGGGCUACCACUACCGUUUCGAGAUAGACUCCGACCCCAGGUUAUCACAAGUCUCCACAAGCGCUGACGCAUGAGAAGACGAUCGCUGCGGAGCGUCCGCAAGAAACUCUUUCUCUUACUUUGUUUAUCAGUUGCAGAAUGUAAAGAAAUGUGAUAAAAUAGUGUACAGACAUUCCUGUAAAUAUAUCUUAAAACUACAAGACUUUGAUUGAAGCAUGCACUCAUCAGUCAAAUGAAGAUGUUUGACACUUUCAAGGAGCAAAACGUAAGUGCCUCAAGUGAGCUCAGUAUUGUUUUUUGUUUUUUUAAAUUUGUGAAUCAAACAGAUCUCAUGGAACAAGAAGGGAAGAGGGAGGCGGGGAUAACAGAACUGCCAUAAAAUUCUGACACUAUGAAAACAAACCUUUGGGAAUUUAAAGCACAAUCACUCAUUCAUCUUUGAUCCCUUUCAAGCCCUUUGGUCCCUCCGGCCUCUUGCCCCAGGGUGCCAGAGAGGAAUUAAGCCACCAAAAGCUUUUUCUCCCCCGCCGUCCCCCGAAGCUCCUCUUAAAAUCACCACUCCGCUCCUCUUUGGCUGUUGGAUUAGAAACGGAGAAGACAAUUCAGCACAGGCCAGCGGAAAUCUCCCUGCCCCUUCGCCUCCCUCCGUCCCCCCCUUUUUCUCUUUUCCGUGAAACUUUGCUUUGUUUCAACUCUUUGAGUUUUAUUGUCAAAAUGAUGAGAACCAGCCCCGAGCUGAAGCCGCUGAAAGUAACCCCCCGCCCCACUCCUCUUUCUUCCCCUCCUCCUUAAAGACAACAGCCCUCGCUCUGGAGGCGCUUUGAAGGGGUAAAAAAGGAGGAGAAGAAAAAAAGUUCUGGCUUUCCACGUUUUUCUGUUUAAGGGGCUUUUCCUCCCUGCAAUGAUAAGACACAGAUGAUUCUGAAGCACCAGCCACAUUGUUUCAUUCACGAGGUCUUUUCGAGCGGCUUGGUGAAGAAAGAACAAUAUGCGCUCGAAGUUUAGAUUUCGUGAAAAGCGAGGUUCUAUGAGGUUGUCGUGAGCGACGGCGUUCUCAGCGAUCACAGCAAAGAUUUCAUAUUGCAGCCAGUUUGGAGAGAGGAAAUUACAUCCUCAGAGUGACAGAACGAUAACAACUGGUCAGAUGGAUCAGCAAAGUCAGGGCUUCACAUGCUUCAAUGGGGGACCACAGAGUAUUGUGUUUGGUUUUGUUUCUUUUUGAAGCCGUGUUGCAAGUAGAGAGCAUCUUCACAACAGCAUGCAGCACUUAGAAGGAUUUUCUGUCUGGACGAUCAAGAAAACAAACGAUCAUAAUAUGGUAAAGCUGGCAGGUCAUUGUUUAAAAUCCCAUAUUGUAUGAAUUGAAUGCUAUUUAUUCCAAUAAAUAAUAUCAUUUUUGUGUGAUAUCACAUUCAGGUUGGAGCUCUGCAGAACCUGUUCAUCACUUUGGAAAAAAAUAUGUAGAUAAAAUGAAAAUAUUACUUUAGACCUGCAGUAUGCACAUUUAAAACAUAUAUAUGUUUUUACAUCUUUGUUAAAACUGUAACCUUAUUAUGUUUGUGUAGAGAUAAUCUGAGAAAAGAUUGACGUGACCCCUAUUGCUGAAUGAAGAAAAUGUACCGCUCCCAGGCAAAAAACAACCAAUCGGAGAUGGGAGGCGGGUCUUAGCGCUGUCAGUCAUCCUCGUGUACUUGCCGCUCAGUGGGCUAAUGCCUUCGCAUUCUCUACAGGAUCUGCUAUCAGGAAGAUGCUGUAUCAUAGCAGAGAGAAAGGAAGGGAGGGGAAUCAAGGGAUGAGCAGCGCCACACUAUGAGAGAUUGACAGCGCUAAGACCAACCUUCUGCCUCUGAUUGAUUGUUACUUGUUAGCGCUUGGAGAAGGCAGAGAGGCUUGAUUUUUCACAGUCUCAUAGCAUACUGCGAUAACACAGUUUCAACAAAUAUGUUUUUAUGAAAGUUACAUACUGCACCUUUAAGCAUGUACUAUAUUCAUCACUGAUUUCACAACAGUCAUCACACAUGCAAAAACACAAACUGGGACUGCAGCAGUGUAUCAAACUUGCAUGCACAAAUAAUGUGCAUGCAAUGAGAUUUAUUGGACAAGAUUUUGUGCACAAAGCAUAAAGUUUGUGCUCACAGCAAACAGUAAGUAUGAAAAUUCAACCUGCAAUUGAGCAAAGUCAGUCAGCCGUCUUGAAAUACUUCACUUACAAUUUACUACCACAUAUUUCAUUCAAGCAGUCUUUUUAUUGCGAUGAUGAUUAUUUGUAUUUACUUCGCUGGCUGCUUCAACAGUGGCAACAUGGCUAAAUCUUUCAUGUGGGCCGACGUAGCUCUGUGUUCUACAGAUUCCUGGCGAGCUGGAAGCCCAUCUGACUCUCCUGUGACUUUUAUUCCCUUUUCUACUUGCUGCAAUAUGACAUUUUUCUGCUACACGUAACUACAGGAACUUCCCUGCUGCCGCUGCCUUUUACAACUGGAGUAAUGUUAACCUAUUUGUACUUGGAGAUCAGAUUUUUUUUCCAGUUUCCAGCUGGAAAUCUGUGGAGAAUCCAACCUAAAGUUGGAAAAACGGGAAAAAGUCCAAGUUUAGCACUAAGGAUGGUUGCUGAGUGAAAAAAACAAAAAUGUCAGAAAUGUGGCAAAUAUGAACUUUCUGUGAUAUCUCCUGGUGUUAGGAACUUUAUUAAACCAGUGGGGUUCAUAGCAUUGUGCAUUAUUUAUUUGUAAACAUGCUAUUGUAAGAGCUUGAAUGGACAUUGCUGUGUUAUCUUGUGUUUGUUAAAGUGCCACGACAUAGUGUCCUGUAUUGCCAUGUAUGUUAGCGCAUUAAAAAAAAACAAAAACAAAAAACCCAGUGUUAUGCAGAUUUAAGCAUCAGAACAUGAAGUGGAUUUUGUGAUAGUUGGUCAUGCUGUCAGUUUCACUUUCACUUUCAGUCAUCCCAAAAAGAGGGAAUCUUUAUCAGCACAAAGUUUGUCUAAUGUAGCAUAAUGAUUAAAGAAUGUAUUUAUUUGGUCCUUUCA